UAAAAUUCGUCGUCGAGGCGCUUGCGCGGGUUUCGCGAGUCGAUGCAUUUGCGCUUUACAAAGGAACUAACCGUGAACGUACUCACUCGACGCUUUAUCAGUGAAUAUAUUAUCAGUGAAUUCUCCGAAAUGUUUUUCGAUCCGAGUGAUAGAACUGACUACGAAGACAAGAUCGAAGUUUGAACGCUUUUAAGAUGAUUCAUUGGUCAUCCGAACGAAAUUCAUCCCGUCGAUGGUUCUAUCUUCAUUGAAAGCAUUUUUUUGUUCGUUCCACUCGACGAAGAUGUCACCGUGGAAGGAAUUUUGGUUCGUCGGUGUUCUGUUUUGGAUCAAUUGUAUUUCUAACGUGAUCGAAUCUUACAAUGUACCGUGCACCUUCAAUACAAUGUGUAUGUGUUGGGUACAGGACGAUGAGGAUUUCACAAAGAUGGAUAUCACUUGCAUGGGAGUACCAUUUGCUAGGUUUCCCGACGUGUCGGUGAGUUACGUUGCCCAAUUGGACAUAGUCGGAUCUGGAAUGCAAAUACUGGAUAAUGAUGCACUCGAAAGUUCGGACGGUGUCGAAGCUUUGGGAUUAAUGAGUAAUCGACUUGCCAGUAUCGGUGAUACCUCUCUUCGAGUCGUGGCUGACAGUCUUCGUUCAUUGGAUCUAAGUUACAACGCCUUAGAGGAUGUACCGUUUAAAACUUUUGGAGAUUUGAAAAGAUUAAAUUGGCUGAACAUGCACAGCAAUCAUUUGACAUCGCUCGACGGUGAUUGGGGUUAUUUGAGAACGACAUUACGCAAUGGUUUUUUCGGUGAUAACUCUAUCAUCGAAGUACCGAAAAUAUUUUCAACCUUCGAUUCGCUCGUCUGGCUUAACCUGGACAAUAACAAUAUCGAAAAUCUUGCCGAGGAAUCCUUACCACCUAACAUUCAUACACUUAGCAUGAACAAUAACCUUCUUAAAUCAUUUCCAUCGUCGUUAGGAACACUGGUAAACCUAGAUUGGCUUUAUCUUCGUGGAAACGAUAUGAAACAAUUGGAAUUACCGGUAUUUCAAAGUUCAAGCUUGGAACUGAUCGACGUUAGUGAAAAUUCGAUCGAAUGGAUCCACGUUUUAACCACCUCUAAUCGAACACUUAAGAUCAACGACUUCAAUUUGGACAACAAUAAGUUGAUAUCUUUACCCACCGGGAUAUUCGAUCGUUUGGAGGCUAGAAGGAUUCAUCUCUCGUCUAACGGCAUUAGAAAUAUCGACGACGAUGCUUUUCGUAGUUUAGAGAACAGUUUGGAGUAUUUGAACUUGGAGAACAAUGAUUUACCAUGCGUACCGGUUGCUAUUAAUGGACUCAAACGAUUGUCCUAUCUUUAUCUGGCCAACAACGACAUACGUAAUAUUUCGAACGAGAGUUUUCAAAAUUUUGCUGAAAAUUUGAAGGCUCUUUCACUUGCCACCAAUAGCUUGGACGCUGUGCCUUCAGCUGCUUUAGUCAGGUGUCAGAGAUUGCUUCAUUUAAAUCUCGGUUACAACAAGAUCUCUCACGUGGAGUCGGGUGAUUUCGAUUGGGCCGAAGAUCUCGAGAUUUUAUUACUACGUAAUAAUUUCUUGACCAAACUCAAAGCGGAAGCAUUCAAAGGAGCAGGUAAAUUGAAAGAACUCAGCUUGUCGUUUAAUCAUCUCACCGAGCUGGACGAUGACUGUUUCAUUGGGAUCGAAAAAAGUCUCGACAUUUUGGAACUGAGUUUCGCAUUUGCAACGGACAAUUUUCCUCAACGAGCACUGAGACCUCUGAGCAAUCUACUUUGGCUGGUUCUCGACAAUAAUAAUUUUCAAUCGAUAGAACCAACAGCUUUUUAUUCGUUUCAACAAUUACGUUACAUCAAUCUGGAGUCCAACAGAUUACAUUACCUACCCGAAAGAAUAUUUUUAUCAAGCGUUCAUCCAGAACUGAGGGACGUCAAAUUGGGAUAUAAUUUUCUCGAGAUGAUACCAGAAUCCACGUUCCAUAAUCUGACCGAAUUGAGAUCCUUAGAUCUUACUGGAAAUCGUAUAAAAAUCCUCGUAUCCGACUCCAUCAUGGAUUGUCCAAAAUUAGUGACGAUAUCAUUGGCGUACAAUAGAAUAUAUAAAAUGGACAGGAACGCUUUUUACGGUCUGUCAAGUCUAAGAUUUUUACAUUUAGAAUUCAACAGACUGACUGUCCUAGAUUUAGAUGCUUUCUCAGAGAUCGGUGGUACCGAAUUUGCAUUGAAUGUCUCUUACAACGCCAUAUCCUUCAUCGAUUCUGGAUCGACUACGAACAACUUGACUCAUCUUGACGUUAGCUUUAACAAUAUCACUCAUUUACCAACCGAAACGUUUUGCGGAACACCCGAUUUAUUGACCCUCGAUCUUCGUAACAAUUUCAUUACCAAUCUCGAACCAGGAACUUUUGCUCUCAAUCAACUGCAAGUAUUGAAUCUUCGGAACAAUAAGAUAGAAGCAUUAAGGAAACAAUCGUUCUAUGGUUUGCACUCUCUUCAACAACUUGAUUUGGGUAACAACGAGAUAGCUCAACUGUCUACCGAACAAUUCAGAAACUUGAAAAAUUUAAGGAUCUUGAAUCUCUCUGGUAACAAAAUCCGAUCUUUACCUAGAGACGUUUUCGAAGGUACUAGAUUGGAGAUUCUCGAUCUUAGUCACAACAAAUUCACGGUUGUACCGUCGCCAUCGUUUAUGGAAGUUGGUUACACCUUGAGAGAUUUAAACAUGGCUGACAAUUUCUUGGAUCAUCUAGAUUCGACCGCUUUUCCAACGUCGCAACUGAUAUCGUUGAACUUGGCAAGAAAUCGAUUGACCAUUUUACCGGACAAUUCAUUCGUGUCUUUAGGAAAAUUAUUGAACUUGAAUGUCUCCCAUAACACUCUUCAAGCAAACUUCAAAGAACUCUUUCAUUAUUUGCCUAAUCUCAGACAACUUUCUCUUGCCAAUUCUGGAUUGAGAAUUAUCUCACCUUUUCCAUUGAUAAAUCUCAACAUUAUAGACUUGUCCUAUAAUAACAUCGAGAGUACAACCGACGGUCAGUUUCAGUAUCUGAAGAAUCUCAAGAUAUUGUUGUUAACGAAUAAUUCGUUGACUUCUAUGCCGAGCGUCAGAUUAAAUUUACUGAGGGAACUCGACGUUUCUAGUAAUCCGAUAGAGGAACUGACGAAGGAAAGCUUUUUCGGUUAUCUCAGAUUAGAGAAGUUGGAUUUGAGAAAUUUGAAUAGAACGAGAACGGUCGACACGGAUUGUCUUCGUUCUUUGAGAUAUCUGAAACAUCUUAAACUGCAAACCUGGCCACUGGCUGACGGAUUUAAUCUUCGUAACCUGGUAAUUGGAUUACCAUUACGAACGAUCGAGAUACAAGUGACGGAACACUUGUUGAAGCAUCAGAUACAAAAUGCAUUCACGAAGCAACUUCGAGAAUUGACGAUAACCGGUGCUGAUCUAGAAGUGAUAUCUUCCGAAGCAUUUUCUACGAUCGAGGGCGGAGAAUUGAUACUCAGGAUAAAGAACACGCGUGUAAGAAGAUUCCAAUCUGAUAUAUUCCUAUCGCUGACAAAGAGAUUGACGCAACUGACAUUAGAUUUGAGAAACAAUCACAUCAACGAGUUGAGCCCAUCGAUCAUAUAUGGAAAUCUUUCUUGGGAGACCGUUGGUACCAAUAUGGUUGCAGGCGGACUACAAGUAUCAGGGAAUCCUUUGGAAUGCGAUUGCGAGAUAGCUUGGCUUAGUCUAUGGUUACGAAGAUGGCUUCGAGAAUCUCGUCAGAUUCAUACUGCAUCUCAAUCAGACGCCAGACAAUUAAGAACUAUUGCUGGUAGAGCUGUUUGCACCGAGACAACGCCUUCCUAUUCGUCCGAUAAAGUUCUGUUGACUUUGGGAACGCCUCAUACUGCUUGUCAGGCAUCGGCACUCAGCUCUGGCAAUUACGAGAGAUUAGCUAGGACUUGCUCUGAUGAGAGAGUUAUUCGUUUCGUAAUUUUUUUACACGAGCUCGAGAAAGCAAUCUGACACAAUUAAGGACAGAAAGAGUGUGUGCGAGAACGAAAAAAAGUAAAUGAAAGAAUAGCGCCUCGGAUUUGGUAUACAACGAACGUGUGUUCGAAUCUCAGAAUCUUUUUAACUUUGAUUAAAAAGUUAGAUUAGCUGACAGAGUAUACAUAUCGAGGAAUGCUUUGUAUAUACAUAUAUGUAAGCGUGAGCAAGUUACAAUGUGCGUGUAAAAAAGUUAAUACGUAUGAAUGAUUUUUUUUUGCGUUUCGAUAUUAUAACUAGAUAACUUGCGCGUUCUUUGAUUGAUUUAAAACUGAUAUUAAUUGAUUUUUAAUUAUUUAGUAUAACGCCUGAAAAUAGGCAACGCUUUAUAAUACGUCGAUAAUUACAGUUGUGUUUUUUUAAGCCCCUGCAUGUAUGUUACUUUGCACAACAUAUUUGUCUCGAAGGCCUUCCAUAAGGGGUUUAAAAAACAAGUGUUUAUCGAUAAAUAGCAACCGAAAUCACGAUUAUCGACGGAGUACGAAGAGUUGACUGCCUACAGGCGUUUUGCUCAUUCAGAUUUCUACAGGAAAUUGAAAGAUCUCAGAUUUAGAUUUAGAGACUAAGCUCGGUACGAUCGUGCCUAAAAACUGCCAAGAAAUAAUUUUUUCUCUUUAAUAUUCGAUUGUUUUUUAAAUAUAUUUCAUAUCUUUUUUCAUGUAAAUUAGAGCAAAGAUCAAACGUUCGAAAGAAUCCUUUCUUUUUCAAGUGAGAGUAUGCUUGUCGUGUGUUGAUGAAUGAAAAAUUAACAAAGAAAAAGACGAGAAAAAGAAAAUAAGAAAAAGAAAACAAAAUGUAAAUGAACAAUUAUACAAAUUUUUAUGUAACGUUAUACAUCGAAAUCGUCACCUCUCGUUCGAUCCUUUUAAACGAAGUUAUUCCAAAAGGAAAAGAAAAAAGAAAAAGAAAAAACAGACAAAAUAACAAAAUUCGGACGAAAGAUUAGAAAUUGCUCGGUAUUAGAUGUCUGUUAAAUUUCUCUUUAUUUACAAAUAACUAUACCUCGUGAUUUCGUCCAUGCUUUAUACAAA